AUGCUGUUGCUGCUGGCUUCUUCCAGUAUCUUUUCCCUGGAGACAAAACUGCUUCUCUUCCAACCAAGAAUGAACACAGUAGGUUUUCAGUUACUAAGUACUUUGCAAAUCUCAUCAACCCAGCACUGUCUACCACACAGGAAAGAUUUCUUGCUUCCUCUGAAGUCUGCAACUUCUCACCAAUACCAGAAAGGACAUGUUCUAGCUAUCCUCCAUGAGAGGCUUCAGCAGAUCUUCAGCCUCGUAGGGGCAGGUAUUUCUGUGGGCACAUGGGAGGGAAAACACAUAGAGAAAUUCUUCACUGAACUUCACCAGCAGCCGGAAUACCCAGAAUCACUCAUGGGACUGGAAGCAGAGCAGAGAAGAGCUGCCUUGGAUAGCAAGAGCCUUAAAUUACAGAUUAAAGCAUACUUCAGAAGGAUCCAUGGCUACUUGGAAAGCCAGGGUACACCAGCCUGGAUCAUGGUCCAGGUAGAAACCAGGUGGUGUCUAUUCUUUAUAUUUGGACUCACAAGAAGGCUAUGCAAACAAGAAAUGGACCCUUGA